AUUUGAACCUACUGAGAUAUAUUUAGUCGUGUUUCACUCUCUCGCACGCGUGUCAGACUAUUCUACGAAGUUGAAAGCUUUCUACUUACAGUGCACACCACUAUCAUGAUGUCUAGACGGAGGGGUCAGAAAGUCAAUGCCGAUCAACCCAAAACCUCUGCUUCGACUUCAUCAUCAUCGUCAUCCUCUUCAUCAUCAGCGUUCAGUUUUCCAACUCUCGCGCUGAUAAGCAUAGCCAUCGCGCUUGCUCUAACAACUUCCUACCUCUACUCGACGCGCACCAACAGUGACGUUAUAUCUUCUUUUACUCGUCUUCCAGAGUCGUAUGCUUUAUGUACGCCAGAUAACGUGAAGAUAUAUACUGUUGUCCAGGACAGGCCGACUGUGCACUGCUUGCUGGUAAGUAAGGAUCGCUUGUUGGCCACCGGUACCCUUGAUGAAAUACGUGAAAGCUGGAACGUUCUUCAGAAUGAACUUAUCAAGAAGUUCUACGGGAACGAACCGAACGCUAAGAAGCCUCUAGAGGUAUUUUACACCAAACCAGGCAGCAUUGUUGUGCCAGGUCUGGCAGACGCACAUGCGCACUUGGUCGCCUAUGGAUUUAAGAUGCAACUUCAGCUUGACAACGCUACAUCGCUGACCGAUAUCCUUGAAACCCUUGAAGAUUAUGUCCGCUCUCAUCGGGAAGUCUCCGACAAUCCCGAUCAAUGGAUUCAGGGAAUGGGUUGGGAUCAAACUCGUUGGUCUAACUGGAGAGGUGGUUUCCCAACUGCUGCAGACUUGGCUAGUAGGCCUCUACUCUCGAACCGACCCAUAUCCCUCUCACGAGUAGAUGGGCACGCACUAUGGCUGUCACCUCGAGCACUAGAGUUCACACUUCACUCACUACCAGGGAAACAAUGGCCAAACGAUGAGGACGUCGCUGGUGGUGAGAUCAGGAAGGGUGAGGAUGGUCAGCCUACAGGUAUCUUCGUCGACAAUGCUAUGGAUCUCGUUCCUGCGCCGCCUCCUUCCGCUGAACAAACGGAGCAGUUCGCAAGGCACGCGAUGAAAGACGCAUUGAGCGUGGGGCUGACGAGCGUACACGAUGCCAGUUCGAUGGACGCUGGUAUGAUUGGUGUCUUUAAGAAACUUGCGGAUGAGGGCGAUUUACCUAUCAGAGUAUACGCUAUGGCAUCCUCCGCUCUCCCUUCGGACGGCACCAAACCUAUCAUUGAACAAUUACACAAGUACGGCAUAGAUGGAAGGUUGGACGUUCGAAGUGUUAAGGUCUUCACUGACGGUGCACUCGGCUCUUGGGGCGCCGCGCUUCUUGAACCCUACUCCGAUGAUCCAAACACUUCGGGUAUCAUGCGAAUUGAAGAAAAUGAGCUCGAAAGCUUGGUGAAGACAUGGUGGGACUCAGGAUGGGGUGUCAACAUUCACUGUAUUGGCGAUCGCGCAAACAAAUUUGUACUAGAUAUAUACGAGCGAUUGCUCUGGAACACUUCUUUACCUUCGGAUACCAUUGCAAGCCAGAGAAGACCAAGGAUAGAACAUGCGCAGAUCAUGCGUGUGGAAGAUUUGGAGAGAGCUGGUCGUUUAGGAGUGAUAACAAGCGUUCAACCUACUCAUGCAACGAGCGAUAUGUGGUACGCUGAAGAUCGUCUGGGUCCGGAGAGGAUUAAGGGCGCAUAUGCCUAUCAGACACUCCUCCAGGCAUCCCCAAACAAAAUCCUCCCACUUGGCUCAGACUUUCCUGUCGAAGGCAUAAAUCCCCUCCUCGGUUUCUACGCUGCUGUCGCACGAUUAGACGUCAAGGGGAACAGUCCUCAUGGGAGCAGUGGCUGGUAUCCAUCGGAACGACUUACUCGAAUGCAAGCGCUCAAAGGCAUGACUCUAGAUGCGGCGUACGCUUCGUUUGCAGACGACGAUAUUGGCUCGUUUGUGAAUGGCAAGAAGGCUGACUUCGUGGUGCUGGACAGGGAUAUCCUUGAUGAAAGUGCGGUCCCUGCGAGAGAAAUACUAGAGGCAAAGGUCCUUGCGACUGUUGUGGACGGUAAGAUCAUGUACGGUGGCUUGUAGAUUCGCUACCAUAAUACGUCGAUGAUUACUGUUAAAAUUCUCUCCAUUUGGACUAUGAAAAUGAAACGAAUGAUCCUGGUGGAUUGUCGAUAAGAAUUCCACCAUGUAUGAUGGAACAGGAUUAUACGCCCGUUCAAUCGGGGAGUAAGAGACCGUGACAAAUCUAAGCUAACCCUCGACUCGAUGAGACCAUUUCCAAGCACCCGUCAGUUUCCAUGCACACAAGAAGAGAACUCUGGAUGAGGGGAGGAUUACUAGCUUGUAUAUAUCAGGGAAACGCGGUCAAGGGAUCCAAUUUGAGUAAUAAGGUAGGCCGCCGACUUCCAGGUGCCUCCUUGAUAAGUACAUGGAAUGCCCGGGGAUCUGGAUGCAAGGUGGAAUACAUAACAACUGUGGUA